AUCUUGUAAUACUGGUGAUUGACUAUGAGUUUUGUUUAUGCAGCACAGGCAAGAGAAGCAGAGGAAAACAAAGCAGAAGAAAGAGAAAGUGAAGAGGAGCAAACGGUUGCUGAGAGUGAGCAAGAGAAAAACAUAGCCAAGAAAAGAAAAAUAGAAGGUAUAGAGGAGGAAAAGAUGCCUGAGGAAAAAAAAGAAGACAAAACAACCCAGGGAGGAAACUAUACAGUUCUGGGUAGGCUGUCAGUGCCAGGCACCAAAAGGAAGUACACUGUAACCCAAGAUGAACUGAAGAGAAGAAUCAUGGCAGAAAACAUGUCUAACAAUCUGUUAAGAAGCCUGAUUAGGGUUCGUAAAGAGGAUCUCCCUGAGGAGCUCAGAGAACAGCGGCCGAUCAAAGCAAAGACAAAGAUAAGCAUGUUCUCUGCUCUCAGUGAAGGGGAGGCCACAGAUUUGGCCCAGGAUCUGGGAGCCAUGCUUGGGCGACAUGUACACCUAGACAUGACUGAAAGUGUUCCCAGUGCUGAGGCAGACGUUGCAAAGUAA